AAACCUAAAUCAAUCAAACAUUCAGUGCAGAUGGAACUCACCCUUUUUGACUAGACCAUUCAUUGUUGUCGUACAAUCAUCUUCUUUAUAUCUAAUUUGAUAAGUCGCUUUUAGGAGACAAUGUAUCCGUUAAUGUUCACACUUACAGCCUAUUUACUAUGCAUUCCAGCUACAUUUGGAAAAACUGUGUCGGGAGUUUUCAAGAGCGAUGCAGCCAGAGAGCAGAAUGGACAGUACAUCACAAAAUUCAUGUACAACGUGGGUAGUGGUCUGGUGGUGUGCAGGCUGGAGAAUGCUCCCCUGGCCACGGAGAAGGGGUCCAGACUGCUAUUCUUCCCGGAGAUGGAGGACGGCUUCGACAUCGACAACCUCAGCUGCCACGACCGCCUCUCCAAGGCACAGCUCUCCAUCCGUCUGAGUGAGGAGGAGCACAACCAGAGCAUCCCCCACCUUCACUCCCCCACGGCCUGGAUGGCGCUGUAUGCAGACCGCUACACCUGCGGGGAGGGGGGCAUCAUCCCUGCCCACGGGGACCUGACCUUCACCAUCCUGCUGUUCAACCCUGACUCGGCAGGCAACCCCCUGGAACACUUCAGCGCUGAGGAAGCAGGCCUGCAUAGUUUCUACUGUCUGCUGAUCCUGGCCUACUUUGUGGCAUCCUGUAUCUACAUUCAGCCUCUGUGGAUGGCCCUGAGAAAGGGUGGGCCCAUGCAAACGGUGCUGAAGGUGCUCUCCACAGCCUUGGCCCUACAGGGGAUCUCUGCCCUCUUCAACUACAUCCACCUGGCCAGGUAUGCCAGGGAUGGAGUGGGCAUUCCUGUCAUGGGCAGCUUGGCAGAGUUCUGUGACAUGGUAUCCCAAGUGUCCAUGCUGUACAUGCUGCUGAGUCUGUGUGUGGGCUGGACCAUGAGCAAGAACAGGAAGCCCCAGAGCAGACCUCUCCAGUGGGACUCCUCCCCCGCCUCCAAAGCCCUUGCUAUGGGAGGGGUCGCCACACAGGGGGCGCUACUGCUGUGGGAGCAGUAUGAGGAGACAGAGCACCACAGCUACCAUGCCCAGCGCAGCAUAGCAGGUCUGUUACUCAUUUCUCUACGUAUCAUCCUGGCCUUGUUGCUGGCCUCUGUGCUCUACACCAUCAUCAGCACAGAGAGGAGCGCCCUCAAGAGAGACUUCUAUCUCAGCUUCGCCAAGGGUUGUUUUAUCUGGUUCCUGUGCCACCCUGUGCUGGUCCUAGUCUCUGUGAUCUUCAACGAGCAUCAGAGAGAAAAGGUUGUGACAAUCGGUGUGAUUCUAUGCCAGGCUAUCUCGGUGGUGAUCCUCUACCAGCUUUUCCUGUCCCGUAGCUUAUACUGGGAAGUAUCUUCUCUCUCCUCUGUCUCACUACCCCUCACCAUGUCCAGAGGGGGCCGGGGACGCUACUGACCCCGCGUGCAGGGGGAACACUUUCACUGUGACACACGCCAAGGGCAAAGGGAUACACUGUGACACCUGCAGUUAAAGGGACAAUACUUCCACUCCUCUACACUCACUCACGGUAAAGGUGCCCCCACAGAUGGGUGAGGAAAGAGGAGGGUGGGAUGAAGAGAAGGAAGUAGGAAGUUCCCCCACAAAUAUAGAAGAGAAGAGGAAUGAUGGCCUGCUCAUGUAGCUGGAUAGCACACCUAUUUAAUACCCUCCCAAACAGGAUGAGAGUGAGACCUGGGUUUAAGUGCACAUAAAGUAUGUAUGUAAAUGAGACACAUUUGUUAGUAUACAACAGAUGCGGACACAUGUAACUGCCAAAAUAAUGGAAACACUUGAGUAAAAGAGGGAUCCAAAGUAUAUUAAAAGCAGGUGCUUCCACACAGGUGUGGUUCCUGGGUUAAGCAAUUCACAUCUCAUCAUGCUUCGGGUCAUAUAUCAAAAUUCUGUCUGCCAUGGCUGUGGCCCUACUGGGUGACAAUGCCCCCAUCCACAGGGCACGGGUGGUCACUGAAUGGUUUGAUGAGCAUGAAAAUGAUGUGAACCAUAUGGCCGUCUCAGUCACCAGAUCUCAACCGGGGAUGGAGUUUUCCACCACCAUCAACAAAACAUCAAAUGAUGGAAUUUCUCGUGGAAGAAUGAUGUCGCAUCCCUCCAAUAGAGUUCCAGAAUCUAUGCCAAGGUGCAUUGAAGCUGCUAUGGCUCGUGGCACAACGCCCUAUUAAGACACUUUAUGUUGGUGUUUUAUUUAUUUUGGCAGUUACCUGUAUGUUUGUCUUAUUUACAAUUGUAUGUAUGUGUGAAAUUGUGGUUUACUGUUUUAUUUUGAAUGUCAAACUUGGCCUGGAUUGGAUGUCUCUUUCUUUUUCAGACAGAGUUUAAGACUCCCAAAAGGUUUAAAAGGUUUAUAAUAGAUUACAACGAAAGGUUACUGAUUGUCAAAUUCCCUGUUAAGUCUUAUUCAUUGCCGAUAAAGAUAUCCAGGCGCGGACUGAAAUACAUUUGUUUACCAUUCAUCCAUAGAGAUAUGGAUCCAUGUUCAGUGUGGUAAAUCUCAAACCAAUAAUAGAGCCUGAUCUUAACUGUCAGAAAUAGAACGUUUUUUUAACAGAGUUGCUUCACACUGUUUCAUUCUAUUGUUGUCAAUUGAUCGUUCUUUCUGCAAGGUUCUGGUGUGCUGAAGCUAUUACAGAAAUCACAUGGAACUCAUGGAAUCUUUGUAUCAUCCCCAGCACUCCAACUAGUUGCAUGUGUGAGAAUUGUAUUACUAUUUUGUUGUGCAAUUAUUGAAUUAUACUUGAAUAGGGUAUUCAUAUUGUUUUGUCUGACAUUGGAGCUAGACAUGUGCGAUGUUUAAAUGCAGCUUUAUUUUCUCUCAAUCGUCGCAAGUGCCUGAGAAGACAAUCACUUUGCUAGCAGAGAAGGUACCUGUGUUUGUCUGUGAAGAAAUGGGUUUCACAUUGGUUAUGUAUGUCAGUCUGAUAGUUAAGUUAUGCGGAGAUAUUGGGGGGCAAAUGGUUAACAGAGCAGUGACUGUGUAAUGUUCCUAUUAAGCAUGUUUAUAAGGCUGUUUUAAAUUCAUUACUGUAUACUUUUGUAAAAUAAGUCUAUCAGAUGCUGAUGCAAUACAAGAAAAUGUCUGCA